UUAAAUCUCGUAUGGCUACUUACAGAUACGAUAUAAUUUAAAAGAUUUCUAACAGUGCGAAUAAUAAUUUCCUUCUACAAGUUGCUCUGUAUGAGCGAAGAACGGAUCGAAAGUGAACAGGAAUUUGUGCGUGGAAAAAGUUUUAGAAAUAAAGUGAGAGAGUGUAUUUGAGACAACGUGCAUGUCCUUGGCGGCACUACAGGAUGGAGACUCGGUUGCAUCAACUUCCGCCUUGUAUUUUAGAGCAUUUCCAUUUCCUAAAUGAUCUGAAAUAUCCCGUGUUAAUACGACAGCAUCUGGGAAAUUGGAUCAAAGAUAAUUUGCACAACGCGCCAACUUAUACCAACAACAUGCAAUCGAUGUAUGAACUUGAUGCUGCCAAGUUUUUCACUGCUCUCGUCAAUGAAGUAGACCAAGUAUCAGCUAAUCUUCCAAAUAAGAGGAAAUGUCUUCUCUGUAGGUCGGCCAUUAUGCUUCGAGACCAAAAUUUUCAAAAUUUGACUCAAUUAUAUUUGAAACUUUUACACCAAAUACAACCAAAUUGCGAAAAAGGUUGUAAAACAGAAUAUACGAUUGCGCAAACUUCGUCGGAUGGGCAACAGACCGAUGUGUUAUAUGGGUUACAACAGCUUCAGGUAAUGGAGCGAAACAAUUGGAAGGAAACACACCAGCUCACACAGGAAUGCGAGCAUUUGUUGCAAAGGCAAGAUCACGUCCAGCGACUAUCAAAUCAGCGAAGCCAUAACAAACGAAUUCAGUGCUAUAGCCUGAAACAAAGAUCUCUUGUAGAUGCAUUCCAGAAAACAAUACGAAAAGCCGAAGAGGUGCUGAACUUGGUGUAUAAUAAGUAUAUCUUCGAAUGGCAGAAAACGCAAAUGUUUCCGGAGGUCCGUUCGACAAAUGCGUACAGUCUGGAUGAAAUACAAACAUGGUAUGAAAGUUUAGCAGCGAUCAUGUGGAACACGAAGGAUCAGAUACACUUGACAAUGAAAAGCCAGUUACGAGAACAUGUCUCACAAGAAAUCAACUCAGACCUGUGGAAGGUUAUGACAGACGUGAAGGAUUUCAUAAAGUUGUUGCUACAUAAAGCAUUCAUAGUUGAAAAUCAACCACCGCAAGUGAUGAAAAUGAACACACGCUUUUGUGCAACCGUUCGCCUGCUUAUCGACAAUGCGCUCAUUAUGAAGAUAGGAAACCCGAAAGUAACGGUGUCCAUCAUUUCCGAGACUCAAGCACAAAAAAUCCAAAGUACGAACGCUGCCGCAGAUUGCUCAGCUGGUGAAAUCGAAAAUAACAUUGGAAAUCUGCAGUACCAAUUGAGCAAUAAAUUCCUAGCGAACCUCAGUAACAUGCGGCUGAAAAAGAUAAACCGCGGCAACAGGAAACUAAAUAAACGCGUGGUGGACGAGAAGUUUGCUCUUUUGUUCCAGUCAAGUUUUACCUUGGAACAGGAAGAGCUGACAGUUACCGUGUGGACAUUAUCACUUCCAGCAGUGGUAAUAGUACACGUAAAUCAGGAACAACUGGCAUGGACAACCAUUAUCUGGGACAACCUAUGUGCAAAAGCCGAUCGCAAACUAUUCGAGGUACCGAAUCUAAUACCCUGGAAUAGACUGGUCGAAGCAAUCAGCAUGACAUUUAGUGCACGGGUAGGUCGUGGUUUGACCGAUGAAAAUAUGCAAUACAUGUAUCGUAAAGCGUACAAGGAUAAACUUUCGUUUUCAGUGUCAAACGACCAAAUGAUCAGCUUUGCCCAAUUCUGCAAGGAUACCACACCGGAAUGCAACUAUACAUUCUGGGAAUGGCUUUAUGCCGCACUGAAAAUAAUACGCGAUCACCUACAGGUUCUAUGGGUUGACAAUACCAUUAUCGGCUUCAUACACAAGUCUACCGCGGAAAAAUAUCUGGCUAAGUGUGUACCGGGGACCUUCCUGUUGCGGUUCACGGAUAGUGUACUGGGAGGGAUCAGCAUUGCCUGGGUGCACGAAUCCAACGACGGACAAAGGCAGGUUCUACAUAUUCAGCCAUUUACAGCGAAGGAUCUUGUCGUUCGUUCCCUAGCAAAUCGCAUCUGUGAUCUUGGUGAACUCACGUAUCUGUACCCAAAUAUUCCGAAGCAAGAGGCAUUCGGUCGAUACACAGCACCUGCAAUGCAAAAACCUCGUAGCAAACAAUAUAUUUCAGCAGAAAUGCGUACUGUGUUAAUAUUUGCUCCAAGUAGCAAUCAAAGCAGCUCCAGUAUGCUCCCAAAUGCUGAACAAUCGCCAAGUGCAUCAUCCAACGAUACGUUUUCCAACGAGUAUGUUCUUACAAACCUUGAUGAGAUCUACAAAUUUGAAAUUGAGAAUGAUGACAUGCUUUCGAUUCAGGAUUAUUGGGAGCAACAGUAAAAAGGAAACAUGAUGAAAAAUGGCAACGUGCGACCUAGAUUAGUGCUCGGAUUACUAUUUAGUGUAAAGUUACCUAAAAGGCAAGGAAAUAUGAACUUCAUUGCGUGUUUAUUUGAGUGACAUUACUUCACAGUUUAAACCUAACUUGUGAAGUUGCUUUUUUUUUUAGAAAAAUCUAAUCACGAUACAUUAAAUCGCUUAGCGAGAUAUUUCUUUAUUUAAGCUUAAAAAAGCUUAGUUUUUAAUCAUUACAAUAACAAAAAAAGAGUUUUUGUUGUAUGACACACACUUUAUAUUUCUGAUAAUCAUUAUGGCUUAAACCAAACAUAUAAGAAAACAAAGCUCUAAACGAUAUCUCAGUGAGGAUGUUUUCUAAAACAACAGCAAACAAGUAAAUGUAAAACAAAGAUAGUUCAAAUACUAUUUACUAAGCUCAGUUUUCUUAAUAUUAAGUUGAAAUCAAAUCACAUGUGUUUAGCUAUUAGACUUAACAAUCAUAAGUUCAUAUUAGUGCCAAUAUUGACUUAACCUUGAUUUAUGUAGUGUUUUAAGACAACUCUGAUCACGAUAAAUCGCUUAGCGAGAUACUUCUUUAUUUAAGCUGGGGUUUUACACAUUACAGUAACGAAAAAGUUUGUUGUUUUUUUUUACAUUUUUGAUAAUCAAAUAAAAUCAACGAUAUUGGUAGUUUUAUGGUUAAAACCAAACAUAUUAAAACAAAGCACUAAAUGUUUGCAGCAAACAACAACGCUAUGUCAGUGUAGCAAAUUUAUGAAAAAGAUAAUUUAAUUACGUUUCUUCUAAACAUAAGUUGUCAGUUUGGCUUUUUUUUAAAUCAAAACACAUGAACACUGUUCAGCUUCUUAGUCAUAAUGUAGUGCUUUAAAAAAGUCUGAACAUUAAAGAACAUGGCGAGAUACUUCUUUAUUUAGUUUGUAGUCUUCACAAUUACGAAAAAGUAUUUUUGUUACAUGACACAUUUUGUUCACUUUUUACAGUCAAAUUUAAUCACGAUAAUGGUAGUUGUAUGGCUUAAACCAAACAAAUAAACGGGUUCAAAGUGAGGAUGUCUUCUGCCAAAACUAGACAAAUCAAGAACUUUUCGAACUUAAGUUACAAAUUUUAAACUUUCUAUCUUCAUUUUUAAAUCAAAACACCUACAUGUUCUCAGGAAUUGUGCUUAACUUUAAAUUUAUUACCUUUGCUAGUGUGUUCGAGGUGAUAAUUUAAUGCUGACUCGAUGAUAAUAUCUACGAUCUUUCAUUAAUAUUUUCUGUUAAUCUUUGGGGUAUGCUUUUAAUAAUAAUUUGUUUGCCUUGAAACUUGAGGAAACGUCAGAGAACUUGCUAUUUUUUAUAAGUAUUUGGA